AAACCUGAGCGAAGACAGAAAGCAAAAAUCAAAUCUGUGGGACAUAACCGUCAACAUCUCUCUUGAAAGAUUAUGUCCUAAUGCAGAAAAGUCAAUAAUCUAAGAUAUAUAAAGAAUAAACUGAGUGUGACAAAUACAAAAAAGGUAGACAGAAUAUAUAAGAUAUACAAAUAUUCUAAUAUAAAACAUCAGAGGAUACAGUAUGCUGUACUUUAGUAUAUACAAGUAAUUUAAAAAUUAAAAAGUAAUUUAACACACAUACACACAGACAUUAUGUAUGUUUGUAACAUCCUAACCGUCCUCACCCUGUCACACAUGUUGUCCUCGGUGCCUGACACAAACAGCACGGGAACAUUUUCAGGCUAAUUUCAGUUGAUUCUUUUGAGAGAAACAACUGAGUACUAGAUAUUAUGGUUCAUUAUUUGUUCAGUGUGCAAUUCAAGGGCACAUUUAUAGAGAAUUACUCUUUGGAAUCUUUUUUGGCAAACAACUUGCACAAAGUUGCAUGAACUAGGUGCUGCUGUAGAUGAAAUUUGUACUGAUUUGUCUUUUUACAUUUGUGCUGUUGAUGCUAGCUAGCAAUUCUUUGGAGCAAUAGAUAGAUAUUAAUUGUUAGAGGUCCAAUAGCUUUUUAUUGCUAGCUAGCUAGCUAGGUUAACGUAAGAUAGAUAGAUAGAUAGAUAGAUAGAUAGAUAGAUAGAUAGAUAGAUAGAUAUCAACUACUAGAGGUAAGUGCUAGUUGUCUAGUUAGUUUUUCUUGGCUAGCUACCUUACAAUAGAUAGAUAGAUGGAUAGAUAGACAGAUAGACAGAUAGAUAGAUAGAUUAGCUGCUAGAGGUCUAGUUAGCUUUUUCCUGCAAGCUAGCUAAUGUGAGAUGGGUAGAUAGAUUGAUAGAGUUAAACAAUAACAUUAAGAUAAGAUACCACUGCAGUCAUUUAUUGCCAAUUUGUUUAUUCAGUCAAAAAUGGACAUAGUUUGUAUGUAGUUAGUUUAGGAAUAAAAAAAUCAGUCAUUGAAGAUCUUUAUCUUCUGAUAAAGAUUUCUUCCCCAAAACUACGUAGUGCGCCUUUAAGAGAAGGUUAUACAAUUCUCAAAAAUAAACUGAAAGGUCACUCUUGACUUUUGGAGGACAUACAUAAGAAUUUGCCUUUGUGGUAUCAUCAGCAGCCCCUUUCACACAGAGAAGAUGCAUUAUCGCCUGGCAGCGGUUCGCCAAUUCUCCGCCAUUGGUCAUUCACACAGAUUUUUUUUUUUCUACACAAACGCUUGGUGAGCUAAACUUUUUUGCCGGUGACUUUGCUUUGUGGGACAUUUCUCUUUAUUAAAUUGAGUGAGAGACCUGUGUAGUUAUCAGACCAUCUGGUCGGCGCGCCCUUGAUAUGCGCAGCUGGCUUAUCCAUUCACACUGGUUUCGUUCGCCAAUAAUGCGCCCCUGAUACUACUUCCAGAGGCGUAUCAGCGCUGGAGUGAAAUUUCGCUCCUUGCUGCCUCUGAGAAUUUCACAGGCAGAGACUUGCCGCAGGAUCUCCGCAUGCAAAUGGCAGUAUGAUUGGGGCUGCUGUGAAAUUGUCUGUUGUGGGAUUAAAAUGUGGCAUCAAUUUUCAACAUCUUUUCUCGGAAACACACCCUCAGUGGGUGUGGGGAUUCCUGGAAGUGAUUGCAUAACAAUUAACAUUGGGCACAGAUGGCCCUUGUUAUUUCUUCAGUGAGAAGUUGUUCUUCUGUUCGCUUCAUUUUGAUUCCCGUGGACUGGCAUCAAAAUGAAAGAGAAUACUUUAUUGUUAUCCAUUCUUUUCCUGAGCUUCAGCUCUUCUGCUGGUCAGGAGGAAGGUUUUGUUAGGCUGGCUGGUGGUCAAGAUCACUCUGAGGGCCGUGUGGAGAUAUUUCAUAAUGGAUCUUGGGGGACCGUGUGCGAUGACGGGUGGGACAUAAAUGAGGCGCAGGCAGUGUGUCGCCAGCUCCAUUUCCCUGGUGCAAGAGAAACUAUGGUAUCAUUUGGCGGAGGCGAUGGACACAUCUGGAUGGACGAUUUAGGCUGUAUUGGGACAGAGGUCAACCUGCUCCACUGUACAUUUCCUGGUUGGGGGAUCCAUAACUGUAAUCACAAUGAAGAUGUUGGUGUUAAAUGCCAAAAAGAAUCUACCGAAAGAGGUACAAUUGAGUACAGUUUGUACCACAUUGCAAGCCUCUCUCACCAGCUGGGGGAGCUUUUUGAUAGUGGACGUGACUGUGACUUGAACAUUGUGGUGGUGGUGGACAACAACACCAUUGAGACAAUCUGUGCUCACAAGGUCAUCCUUUCUUUGGACUCAAACCUCAAAACUUUACAGCCAGACUUAAACAGCCUCAGCAUUGAUGUCACCUCUGUUUGCAGUCAACACGCCAAUGACUUUGUCAGAUACUUCUACACAAGGAAAAUCAAAGUUACGCUAUCAUCUGCCCUUUGCAUUCUCAAGAUGGCAUUCAACUGGGGUCUGGUUGAAUUUCAGAAUGAGACUUUAAGCAUCUUGAGGCUGUUUCUUCCAGAGGAUCCCACUUUUCAGAGUCUGAACUCUAUCUAUGAGUACGCAGUUCUUACUGAUGAUGAGGCUCUACAGGAAGUUUGUGUUCGCUUCCUGGCAUGGAACUGUGAGGCGCUGAUCCGUUCCCCAGCCUGGGAAAAUCUUCCAUUUGAUCUUGUCAAAGCUCUUUUGUCUCGGUCGGACCUUGUGGUACGAAGUGAAAACGUCAUCCUGAAUGGACUGGAGAGAUGGGCGGCAGCCCGAGAAAAUGCAACAAUUCCUGAGGACCUUCUGAAGCUUAUUCGUUUUCCAAUGAUACCAGUUGUGGACUUGUUCUCUCUCAACAGCUCACCAUACUCUGCCAGUAAGUUGCAGGGCUUUCAGUUUAAUGCUCUGCCCUCCACAGCAUUGCUCAAUGACCUGAAAGAAGAACAAAACAUCUACACAUCCAGGAUUUACACUGGCAGCCCAUGGAGCUUUACCUUUGACUACUAUGUUCUUGAAGCUCACAAAAAUUUGAGUUACUACAGUCGUAAUGGCCAGCUCAUCAAUAAUCUGACAUCUAACUUCCAAACACCUGUUCAUUACAGUGCCUACUUUACUUUUUGCAAUGUGAGCUGGAAAGCAAGGGUGUUUGUCAGUGAUGAAGAUUGCUCAGCUGAACACAUUGUUUGCCCUUCUUUGCCAGUUGUAAGUUUGAAGAUUGAGGAAGAGAACAGAGCUUUGCCUGGUGGGAUGGAGGGAAGUAUUCAGUACAACAAUAGAAUUGUUAUUCAGUGUGAAGGGAGGUAUGUGGUCCAUGUUGAGGAUUUUGAUGAUGUCGCUGGUAAGAAUAUUAAAUUUGUCCCGAGCAAUGCUGAGCUAAUCUGUCCAUGUGACUCAAACCUGUUCACCUACAAAAUGGUGAUACGUCCUCAUUAUUCAAGAGAUUAGCUUCUGUUCAGUAAAACAGAACUUCAGCAAAGAGGAUAUGGACAAGACUGAUUUAUGAACAGCAUAUGAACUUUUACAUAAACAUGGAAGUAAACAGGAAGUAAAACGUGACCUGGCUUGGCCUGUACAUGAGCCUGGCCACACACAGAAAUGUGGCUCAGUUGUUCAGGGCUGAUAACUGUUUGAUUGGUUUCCAUUUGUCUUUGCUUUGCUACAAGAUGGUACUCGAGGAAAGCCUGUUGAAACAUUUCUGAUAUUCUUAUAUCAACAGAAUUUAAGUUUAUUAAGAAAUAUAAUUUGAUUAUUAAGUCUCAUUCCUUGAUCGUCAAAUACUGACAAAUUGGGUCGGCAGCGCGUGUCCAACGCCACCCCAAAGUGUCAGUAUUUGAGGGUCCGGGGAUGAGACUUAAGGUUACAUUUUGUUGCUUUGUGUAUAGUCAUUGAGAGUAUCACAAUCUGUGGUAAAAAAAAAAAACCCCAACAACUUAUUUUGUAUAUUAUCACUAUUAUUAUUAUCCAUUAUUACAACCUGCGCAUGAAACAGGGGUGCAGACAUGUGGAAGAUGCAUUGGUUUGUAUCGGGAAAAAGAUGCCACAGAAUGCAUUAUAAUACAUUUUAUAAUAAAUUUUUUAAAUAAAAAGUGUUGUUCAGUAUUACUGAAAUAAAUUCUGGUUUUCAAGUUGACAAGUA